AUGCUCAGGCCCUCUAGCUCCCCCCUGCUGGCCGCCCUGCUGUCCACCGGAUCCGCCUUGCUCUCCGCCCUGAGGCGGUCCGCCCUGUCCGCCCUGCUGGCCGCCCUGCUGUCCACCCUGCUGCGGCGGUCCGCCCUGUCCGCCCUGCUGGCUGCCCUACUGUCCGCCCUGCUGGCCGCCCUACUGUCCACCCUGCUGGCCGCCCUGCUGGCCGCCCUGCUGUCCACCCUGUUGGUUGCCAAAUCCGCCCUGCUAUCCGCUCUGCUGUCCGCCCUGCUGCCGCGGCGGUCCACCCUGUCCGCCCUGCUGGCUGCCCUGCUGUCCGCCCUGCGGCGGUCCGCCCUGUCCGCCCUGCUAGCCGCCAAAUCCGCCCUGCUGACCGCCCUGCUGACCGCCCUGCUGGCCGCCCUGCUGGUCGCUAAAUCCGCAAUGCUGGCCGCCCUGCUGUCCGCCCUGUUGGCCGCUCUGUUGUCCGCCCUGCUGCGGCGGUCCGCCCUGUCCGCCCUGCUAGCCGCCCUGCUGUCUGCUCUGCUGUCCGCCGGGUCCACCCUGCUGUCCGCCGGGUCCGCCCUGCUGUCCGCUGGGUCCGCCCUGCUCUCCGCCGGGUCCACCCUGCUCUUCGCCGGGUCCGCCCUGCUCUCCACCAUUGCCGCCGCCCAGGUCUACGCCACUUCCGCCGCCCAGGUCCCCGCCACUGCCACCGCCCAAAUCUCCGCCACUGCCGCCGCCCAAAUCUCCGCCACUGCUGUCGCCCAAAUCUUCGCCACCACCGCCGCCCAGAUCUCCGCCACUGCCGCCGCCUCCCAAAUCAACUUCAUUGCCGGCGCCCAAGCCAACAGUUAUCAAAACUGGUCUGGUUGCUGUUGCCUUCAGAACUGA